AUGGAACCAAUUAUCAUUAAAAGUUCAUCAAUUUCUAUUUCGCCCCAAAAAAUGAACCUGGUGGCUGGAAUAAUCCGCAGAAAAGAUUUAGACUAUUCUUUAAAAACCUUGGAAUUUUUGCCAAAAAAAGGGGGGCGGAUACUGCACAAGUUAUUACAAGGAGCGGCUAAAAACCUAGAAAAAAGUCAAGAAAAUUUAAGUAAUUUUUACCUUAGUAAGAUUGAAGUAAACCAAGGAAAAACCCAAAAAAGAGCCAUUUAUCGAGCUAAGGGUCGAACCAAUCGGAUUAGAAAAAGAAGUAGUUUAAUUAAUUUAUAUUUAAGUAAAAAGGAGGUAGUCGCCAAGGCAAAACCGAAGUAUAAUUUAAGUCAUAUUAAACUAAAAUUGGUUUCACCCGGACAAAAACUCUGUGGUAAUUAUAACUAUGUAGGGAAAGGAGGUUGCCGAGAAGCACAAGAGAUAGGAAAGCCAGCCCGCCAGCGAGCUGAGCAAAGACUGCAAGAAAUUGAGAGAUUAGAUAGUGUAUUUACCGCCAAAUGGUAUGGGAAAAAUUAUACGGCCGAAGAAAUUGCGACUUGGGAAAAAUGUCCGCCAGAUAUAGUAGAAGAGUUUAGUCGUCACGAAAUGGGCGAAAUAUUAACUUCCUCUGAGUCAACCACCGGUAACCAGUUGACUAAAAAACAAGUUGAAUUACGAAAACUUAAAGAAAAAAAGGGUGAUAAUUCAGAGGAAAUUCGCCAGUUAGAACAAGAAAUUGAAAAAUUAUUGAAGGAGCAAAAAGUCAAUUCUGCUGCUGAAACUCCAACUAAAAACAAUAAAAUAAUGACUUACUCAAUUAUUGGAUUUUCAUUGUUGACUUUAAUCGAAGAACGAAUUAAUUUAUUGAGAAAGGAUAAAUUGAUGCGCGAUUACCUUUAUUCACUCUUUCCUGAUAUUUGUCGGUUAAAAACUGAGUAUAGCAGGAGUAAAAUCACCGUUUAUCUUUAUAUGCCUGAAAUUAGUCUGGUGCUUGGGGAAAACAAUUCAAAACUAGCAGAAGUAAUGAAAGGCAUUUAUAAGAUAGUUGAUGAUGAUAAAAUUGCGGUUAAGGUAAAUUUAACUGAGGUGAAAAGGAUUUACACUAAUGCUCAAUCAAUUGCUAACUUAAUUGUUGGACAGUUAAAAAAACGAACUCGUAGCCGCCAAAUUAUCCGAAACAUUGCUAAAAUGGUGUCGGCAGAAAGAGAGAUAAAAGGUUUAGCAAUUAACAUCAACGGACUGAUUGAUGCCUCUGAGAUUGCUCAGAAAAAAAAAUUUGUCCAAGAUCGAAUGAAACUUAGCACGAUCGAUAGUAAUAUUGAGGGCGGAAGAGCCCAAGCGUUUCUGAGUCGGGGAGUAGUUGGAGUUAAAUAUGAGGGUCAUGCCAAAGGAAAUCAAGAAGUUAAUUUUGGUGAAUAUGGUUUACAAGCUCAAGAGGGAACCUACAUCAGCAAUCGAGCAAUUGAAGCGGCACGGAAAGUGAUCAGAAAAACCAAAAAACCUUUGGAAGUCAGAAUGGGUUCUGGUAAGGGUUCAGUGGAAAGCUGGGUCGCAGUAGUCAAAGCCGGAACUGUAAUUUUUGAAGUUCAGGGAUUACCAAAAGAGUUGGCUUACAAAGUUUUAGCACAAGUUAGUUACAAAUUGCCUAAAAAUAAUGGUGAUGAACAAAAACCAGAAGUUAAAAAAACAUUGACAUUUGAGGAAUUAUUAGCCCAAUAUCGUUCUGCUCUGACAGUUUUACAAAUGAAAAGUCGAAUGGGACAACUAGUUAAAACCCAUCAAAUCAAGCAAAUCAAGAAAGAAAUUGCCCGGUUGCUCGCUAAAAAGCGAUGGGAUAUUCUUUUCCUAUUGGAAACUUUAGAAUAUUAUAUUGAAAAGUUAGGGGUGUAUCCUAAUUUCAAAAAGAAACAACAACUUCGUAAUCGCAUUACUCCUGAAUUAACCUUACAAAAAUGUAGUUUAGCAAACACGGAGGAUACUUUUCGCACGCAAUUAAUAUUGUUUUUAGGAGCUGUUUGUGAUACAAAUAAUCCUCCCCGAACUUAUGCCGAACUACGCCAAGAAAAUCAGGAAGUAUUUCAGCAAUGGCUUCAUAAUACUGGAAUAACAGUGUCUAAUUGUCCGCCUAAAUUAAAACAUUUUCUAUUAGAGAUUAAGGAAAUACUGGAAAAACAAA